AUGACUCCACUGCGGAGGCAUCCGCUGUUCCAGAGCCUCUUAUUUCUAACAGUUGCAUCAGCCGUAAACACGCACCGCAAGCUGGUGCUUGUGAAGACAGAUGGCACCGCGGAACUGCGACUGUGGGCCUACGCAUGCGCAGGAUCGAUCUCACGGACAAUCCCCGAGCGCCUGCGCAGGCCACUGGCCAAGUGCCGCGGUACUGCCCUGAAGCAGCGUGGGAUGCGGUGGACCCUCGAGGAGGUGGCCAGGACGGGACUUUGGGUCAGCUUGGUGGCUGAAAUGGCAGCCACAGCUGUGGGAGACAGAGAUGCUGCACUUCGGGACCUCCUGGGAUGA